UCUCUGCUCUCUGUGUGUGCCUGCCUGGGGCCUUCCAUUCCAUUCCGACGCUCCGCUCUUCACUGCCACUGCCAUUGCCGCUCUCCUCUUCACCACGCCCGCCGGCUGCCACCCUCCUCACGCCGCUUCCCCCGCACCGGAGAUUCCGAUUCCUGUCCGGCUGCCGCGGACUCCUCGCGAUUCGGAGUAUCCCGAGCCUGCCGUGGUGGAGUGUGGCGUGCGGUUGUCUCGGUGUGAGCUUACUUAGCGGUUUGCAGGAGAUAAGUAUGGGCGUCGGGAGCUCGGCGGGCCGGCCGAAUGGGAGUCAGCGGAGCGAGCGGGGGACUGGCGGACGCGAGGGCCCCGCCGCGGCGGCCUGCUGGAUCCGCCUCUGCGUCUCCUCCUCCUCCUCCUCGUCCCGCGCCAAGGUCGACACCGCCGCCGCGACCGCCCGUGCUGCCUCCGAAACUAGAGGAAAGAAUAAUGGUAUCCAGAACCAACCUGCUCAACAGAUAGCUCCCGCUUUGACAUUGCCUAGCAACUCUGUAAAUAUUUCACCCCCAUCUAUAGUUGCAGAUGGGCUGAUGGUAUCAUUCGAAUUGCGGAAGUUUACUUUCAAUGAAUUGAGGAUCGCCACCAGAAACUUCCGUCCUGAGAGUCUUCUUGGUGAGGGAGGUUUCGGCCGUGUCUACAAAGGUUGGAUCGGGGAGAACAGAGCUGCUCCUGGGAGACCCGGCACAGGGUUAACUGUUGCUGUCAAGACCCUCAAUCGCGAUGGGCAGCAAGGGCACAAAGAGUGGGUGGCAGAGGUCAACUUUCUAGGAAACCUGAAACAUCCGAACCUGGUGAAAUUGAUUGGUUAUUGUCUUGAGGAUAACCAGAGGCAGUUAGUAUACGAAUUUAUGCCCCGUGGAAGUUUAGAGCACCAUCUCUUCAGGAAGUCGGUGCCACUUCCAUGGUCCACUCGAAUGAAAAUUGCACUGGGUGCAGCAAGGGGCCUUGCCUUUCUUCACGAAGAAGCUGAAAGACCUGUGAUCUAUCGGGAUUUCAAAACUUCCAAUGUUCUACUUGAUACAGACUACAAUGCGAAACUUUCUGAUUUUGGGCUUGCUCGAGAUGGUCCCAUAGGUGAUAAGACCCAUGUGUCAACGCGAGUCAUGGGAACCUAUGGGUAUGCUGCGCCUGAAUAUGUUAUGACAGGUCACUUGACAUCCAAGAGCGACGUGUACAGCUUUGGGGUGGUGCUGCUGGAGCUCAUGACAGGCAGGCGAUCAAUGGACAAGAACCGACCAGCGGGGGAGCACAACCUUGUGGAAUGGGCUCGGCCCCAUCUGAAACAGAGACAAGGAUUCCAAAGCCUGAUGGACCCUAAACUUGGUGGGAACAUCUCCCUGAAAGGCGCUUACAAGGUGACCCAGCUGGCCCGCGCCUGCCUUGCCCGGGAUCCCAAGGCCAGGCCUCUGAUGAGCCAGGUCGUGGAGAUCCUCAAGCCUCUCCCAGACCUCAAAGACAUGGUGGCAUCUUCACCCAGCUUGUACCUGUCCUUGCAAGCACAGCAAGCUGCAAGGCUUGGCUACCCGAGUGGCAGCCGGAGCAUGAGCCAGCACAGCAGCUUUGCAACUCGGAACGGACAGCAGCAGGUGAGGAGCCUCUCCCAUGGCCACCACGGUCAUGGUUCUCCUUCUCCGUAUCUGCAGUCGCCGAUGCCGAGGAGCAAUGGCAAGUAGAGCUCCGGUGAUUGACUUGUCAUCGUCCCCAUACGAUUGAACUGAAGAUUGGGAAAUUGGAGAGGCGGGUAAUUUAGGGAUGUGAUGAUGCUGUGAUCUGCUUCUGUGUUGUGACUUGUGACAUGUAGUCAACCGGGCAAGAGACUUUUCAUGGUGAUAUUGAUCGCGAGGUUACCUGCAUCUGCGGACAGAUUAGAUUCUUGUGGCAGAGGUUUAGCUAGCUGUUACUAGCUCUUAACUUAGAGUUGUACAUUUUUUUAGAAAAUGCAAAACUUAGAAAAUGGCGUGGUUAAGUAAGCUCCGCUGCGCAAGAUUUUGGCUCCCCUCCUUGAUUCAAAAAAGAAGAAGAUUUUCCUUUCCCUUUCCCUUUUGAGAUUGGCCCCGCAGCAUUGGUGGCUGUGUAUAUCACUGGAUUUGGGGUUAGACAUGAUUAAAGAGAAAGGGAGUAAAGCAAGCAAGCAACAAGAGGCUUCAGUAA